CGCAGCAGCAACUCGAGCACCCGCACGCACGCACUGGCGACACCCCCGCGAUCGAGCUUGCGUGUGUCCCUGCAGAGAGCCAAUCCAGGCGUGGCGACAUUGUCGAUUUACUUUAUUACAUCCCCCCAAACAAACGAUUGGAAACCCGGGGGGCUCCCGAGCCGGCGGCGGAAUAAAAAACCCCAACAAGCAAACCCACGAGAAAGCAAUGUCGGCAGUGGUGUCGGACGCACCACCCGUCCUGCCGCCCGGCGGCGGCAGCGACAAGAAGAGCAAGAAGGCGAAGCGCGAGCACAAGACCAAGAAGCGGGACCGCGACCCCGAGACGGCCGUCGACGACGGCAGCGAGCGCAAGAGCAAGAAGGCCCGGCAGGCUGUCGACGCCGACGCUGGAGACGACCGUCGCGAGGACUCUGGUGCUGUCGGUGCUGCCGCGCCUGCCGUCAACGGCACUGCCCAUGCGACAGACGGCGGCAAGAAGAAGAAGAAGAAGGAAAAGAAGAUCCACCAGGCCGAGGAGACUGAGGAUGUCCCAGUCGUCCCCGCUGAUGCCGCCAUGGAUGUGGUGGAGAGCGAAGUGCCGCCUAGCAAGAAGGAGAAGAAGUCCAAGAAGAGCAAGAGCCAGCCAGAAGCUGAAGUAGAGACACAGGCGACGACCGAGGAGCCCACGAAAAAGAAGAAGCGGGAACGCAAGAGCAAAGACCACGAGGCGAUACUCGCAGCACAGGCCGAGGCCGCGGCGAUCGAGGAGCACAAGGCAGCCAACGGCGAUGCUGAUGCGAUGGAUAUCGACUCGACCCCCGUAGCCAAGAAGACGAAGAAGCCUUCUACCUCCAAGACGUCAAAAUCCAGCACAAAAGUGGCGGGAUCAACACUCAGCUCCUCCUCUGCCGACAGAACAUACCCCUUCUACACACAAACCGUCUCGCUCUACCUCCCGCUCUACCCAGCCGGCAUGACCGAGCCGCUCGAAGGCUACGCAGACCAGCACCUCAAGCAGCUGGUCAACCGCUACGUGCCGGACCUCAAGGGCAUCCUGCUGGCUUACCGCAACCCGCGGCUCGGCGAGCGGCCCGGCGCCAAGUCGCUCACGGAGCAGAGCGGCAUGGAGGACGUAGCACUGCUCGAGUCGAUCGCCGAGUACGCCGUCGGAUACGGCUGGUUCACCGCCGAGGUGGACAUCUUCCGGCCGACGCGCGGCGCCUGGAUGGAGGGCAAGAUCAACCUGCAGAGCGAGGGCUUCGUGGGCGUCAUCUGCUUCGACAUGUUCAAUGCGUCGAUAGAGGCGAGCCGCUUGCCACAGGGAUGGCGGUGGGUCGACAUGAUGUCGUCGUCGUCCUCCGCGUCAGGCAAGAAGGGAGCCUCCUCGAAACCCGCAUCCGACCCUUUCGACGAGGACGAAAACGACAACAAUGACAAAGACCAAGAACAAGUCCAAGAAACAGAGCAGCUCCACCAGACUGGCUACUGGGUCGACGCCACCGGCGCACGCGUGACCGGCAACCUGCCCUUCCGCAUCAAGAACUAUGAGGUUGGCUCGUCCGAGACGCACGGCUAUCUGAGCAUCGAAGGCACCAUGCUCAGCGAGGAGGACGAGGUGGCCAAGGUGCUCGACGAGCGCGAGGAGGCUAGGCGGCGCAAGAAGCGCCUUGCGGGCGGCUACCCACAGCGGCAGAUCAAGCGGAUCCCGGACUUUGCGACGACCAAAUUUGCUGUCGCGCCUCUGGAGCAGGACGAGGAGGAUGAGGCCCAGCGUGCCGCGCAGUACAAGGGCACGGUCGAGGCGGGCGAGGAUAGUGAUUAAGCGUUGAGCCUGGACCUAUGCGGUCUUAUCGGACGUGAAACGUGCUGGAGAGCAGGGAAUUGGCGGCGAUCAUCUGACAGAAGCGAGAAAGAGAGAAGUGUUGAACAGCAGUCUCGAAGAGAGAUCACACUACCGUAAAAGGAGCUGUUCAGGGUUGUGGUUGCGUACAUCUCGAGGCGUUACCGGUGUUCAUGAGCUUGUAUGUACAUAUUGCCGCGAGAAAUCCAUUACGAGAGACCAUUUACUGCA